AUGCAGCAGCAAGUACUUGCACAAGAGGAGCAGGACCCCGCCUCCAGACCGUCGGCCAGUGCCCCAGCCGGCGACCAAGCGCAAGGAGGCGAACUAAUCGCCUCAGAAAUCGCGGCAGAGCUGACCUACCUCAGGAGGCAAAGAGAGAAGUACGGCCGAAAUGAAGUCCGCAUCACCAACGUUGGCCCCAGCAAAGCGGGCAAGACGACCUUUGUUGCUGCGCUGCAAGACGAGGAGGUCACGGUACCGCCUCAUCUAGGCGCGGGCAACCACCACGGCACGCACUGGGUGUGCCAGGACUCGUACACGACGACCCUCCUGGGCCAGGAGCUCCGGGUGGUGAGCCAGGACCUCAAGGGCAUCACCUACGACGCCGCCGAGUCCCGGACGAUGGAGGAGAUCGCCGAGGAGGUGGGCAACAUCUACGUCGGGGUCUUCCCCAGCGAGCUCCUACAAGUGCCCCACGAAGCGAGCAGGCGCCAGGGCGAGAUCGAGCAGGAGCCGCAGGACACCCUGCUGCUCGUGUUCGGGGCCAAUCUCCUCAAUGAGAAGAACGCGCUCCACUGCCUCGCCACCAUCGCCAAGAACUUGGCCAGGAAGCACCUGCCCUACUUCAUCGCCCUGACCAAGGUGGACCUGCUCCCCGAGGAGACCACCGUCGAGGCUGCCAUCCAGAAGGUGGAGGAGGCAACGGGCACGAAUCGCGCCUUCAUCUUCUCUAUUGCCAACACGAUCAAGGACCGGCAGAAACUGCCUCCCCAGACCACCCUCCAGAUCCUGCGGCUCUACUCGGCCAUCCUGCGCCACACCCGGGGUCGACUCGGACCUGCCCCGUGGACGCGCCGGGCUGCGGUGGGCCGAGUGGGUCGAGGUGGUGAAGAAGGCUCGCAGGAAGCUGGCGCAACAAAAUGA